GCAUUUUCAGACAACCCAGGCACAGCUUUUGACAUUUCUCCUGAGAGACUUGAACUAUUGGAAGAUGAUCACCAAUAUCUAAAAAUACACAGCUGCCAGGGUUGAAAUACAAACAGAAUUUAGGAAAUAGCCAUGUUAAUAUUUUUAGAACCCAUGGCAAGACAUGAUUCUUCACUUCCCCUUUUAUAAUUAUUGCAGAACUCAUGUGAAUGCCACCCUCCUGUCCUCCUGCGUGGAUGGAAGAUACGCUGGAUUUUCAUGAGACAGACUUUCCCUGCCCUCAGCAAGGGCCAGGUCCCCAUGCUUCUGUGGCUGCUGCUGCUCAUCCUGGCUCCUGGAAGAGAACAAUCAGAAUUAGCUCCAAAAGCUUUUAUUCGCCUCACUCCUCCCUGGUCCACAAACUUCAAAGGAAAGACAGUAACUCUCACAUGCGAGGAUUCCCAUUCUCCAGCCCAGGGAGGCAUAUCUUGGUAUUAUGAUGACAUUUUGUUGAAAAAAAAAUCGGGAAAGCUCCAAAUAAGAAAUUCUGGAUAUUACAAAUGCAAGACCCCAGGAUCUUCCCUCAGUGACCCUGUGCAUGUGGAAUUUUUAUCUGAUUGGCUGAUCCUCCAGGCUUCUCUCCCUGUUUUUGAAGGAGAUGAUGUAUAUCUGAGAUGCCAGGGGUGGAAAGAAGAGGAUAUUACUAAAAAAAUUUAUUACAAAGAUGGAGAAAAAUUUGCUGUUACUUAUGACUCAGGCUUCAUCAGACUAAAUUCAGCCUCUACCAACAAUAGCAAAUAUCAUUGUACUACUUAUGUGGAAGGACUUUUUGGAAUGUGGAAAGAAAGUUCAAAAGCUCUAAGGAUCCAAGUUCAAGAGUUGUUUCCACCUCCUGUGCUGACAGCCAGCCCCUCCCAGCCCAUAGAGGGGAGCCCAGUGACCCUGAAAUGUGAGACCUGGCUCCCUCCACAGAAGUCAGACACUCAGCUUCAAUUCUGUUUCUUCAGUGGAGACCAGGCCCUGGGAUCAGACUGGAGAAGCUCCUCAGAACUCCAGAUCCCUGCCAUAUGGAGUGAGGACUCAAGGUCUUACUGGUGCCAGGCAAAGACAGUGACUCACAGUGUCAUGAAGAGAAGCUUGAAAUCCCAGAUACAUGUACACAGAGUCCCUGUGUCUGAUGUGAAUCUAGAAAUCCAGCCCCCUGGAGGGAAGCUGAUUGAAGGAGACAAUCUGGUCCUUACCUGCUCAGUAGCCAGGGGGACAGGGACUAUCACGUUCUCCUGGCACAGAGAAGGCACAAUAAGAAUUUUGGGAAGAAAGACCCAGCGUUCCCUGUCAGCAGAGUUCCAGAUACCCACUGUGAAGGAGAGUGAUGCUGGGAGAUACUACUGUGCAGCUGACAACAUUCAUGGCCCCAUCCUCAGUACACUGAUUACCGUCACAGUGAGAAUUCCAGUGUCUCGCCCUGUCCUCACCAUCAGGGCUCCCAGGGCCCAGGCUGUGGUAGGGGAUGUGGUGGAGCUUCGUUGUGAGGCCUGGAGAGGCUCUCCUCCAAUAUUGUACCAGUUUUAUCAUGAAGAUGCCACCCUGGGAAGCAGCUCAGCCCCCUCUGGAAGAGCAGCAUCCUUCGACCUCUCUCUGACUGCAGACCAUUCUGGAAACUACUCCUGUGAGGCUGACAAUGGCCUGGGAGCCCAGCAUAGUGACAGAGUGACACUCAACGUCACAGUUCCAGUGUCUCGUCCUGUCCUCACUCUCAACCCUGCCGGCACCCAGCCUGUGGUGGGAGAUGUGUUGGAGCUUCGCUGUGAGGCCCAAAGAGGCUCUCCCCCAAUCCUGUACUGGUUUUAUCAUGACAAUGUCACCCUGGGGAAAAGCUUGGCCCCCUUUGGAGGAGGAGCAUCCUUCAACCUCUCUCUGAUGGCACAGCCUUCUGGGAACUACUCCUGUGGGGCUGACAAUGGCCUGGGGAUCCAAUGCAGCGAGGUGGUGAUGCUCAACUUCACAGAUCAGAAAUAUUUUCUACUGGAACUCAAGUAUGGGUCUCUCCACUUAGUGCCUUCCAGGAGCAAAAUAACCCCUGUCACUGUGGGAGUCAUCUUGGGGCUGCUAAGUAUCCUUGGCCUUGCUGCUACUGCUGCUCUGGUGUGCAAGUUCAGGACCCAGAAGAAAUCAGGAGGAAUUUCUGCCACUGGGACAGCUAGUCCCAAUGAUUGUCAGGAACCUUUCUUGUCCAGGUCUUUUGGCACAGAGACCCAAGAGUCCACUCACUUUGAGCCACCAGCCCUAAUGGAGCUGCAGCCAGUGUACAGCAAUGUGAAUCCUGGAGAUAGAGACUUGGUUUAUACCCUGGUCGGGAGCAUCCAGCAUACAAAAGAACAUUUAGUGAAUCCUGGAGAUAGAGACUUGGUUUAUACCCUGGUCGGGAGCAUCCAGCAUACAAAAGAACAUUUAGCAAAUUCACCAAGGUUGAAUUGGAAGCAUAAGGGACCCACAGUCAUCUAUUCAGAGGUAAAGAAGACACAUCCAGAUGACUCUGCAGGUCAGGCCAGCUGUAGAGGCUGGGCCCAUGAAGAUGCUACAGAAAGCUAUGAGAAUGUCCCGUCUACAUCACUGGCCUUGUACCACUAGCCCUUUAGCCUGGGUGACCUCCAGAGACCCUGAAAAGCAGCCUAUCCCAUUCUCCCUGUUUUCUCCAACCAUACACCCUCUGCCUCCAGGACUCAGCCUCCCAGGAGGCUGGGCUGUAGGGAACAUGAGGCUGUGUGAAAUAUCUGCCAGCCUCCUCUGUCCCUGAGUUUAUUCAUCUCUAGGAAUAGAGUGGGCAUUUAUUUGAGUAAAUGUUGCAUUCUUUUCUCAGUAGAGACACAUGUGAAGGCAGGGCAGGUGGGCCUUCAGCUCCUGGGUCUGUGGAACAGAGGAGGGAGAAAUGACCUAGCCCGGAUCAUAAGGGUGCAACAUAGCCAUUUAAUUGAAGUGCAAUCGAAAGCUUUUAAUAUACUAUCUCUGCAUAAACAGUUUACUCUAAACAUUUUGUUUCCUUUUGUGUGUGUUUUUGGUAGUGGCAUUGCUGAUGUUAUGGGGUGUAUGCUAGGUUCCAGCUACCAAAUUGGAAAUGAUCAAAAGGAUUCAUUCUAUCUACAUAUAUACUAUUUCUUGAAAUAUGUAUCAGUACUAAGAAAUUUGAAAAAAAUGACCAAGUCUAUUUAAAGAGAGAGUGCUUCUAAAUUACCUGAUUAAAUAGUGUUAUGGACUGAAUUGUGUUCCAUCAAAAUUCAUAUGUUGGAGCCCUAACCCCCAAUAUUACGAUACUAGGAGAUAGGGCUGUUAAGGAGGUAAUUAAGAUUAAAUGAAGUCACAAGGGCAGAUUGUAAUCCAGUUUGACUGUUGUCCUUAUAAGAACAAGAAGAGACACUGGAGACCUCUCCAUCUCUCCUUGUGCACACAGAGGAAAAGCUAUAUGAGUACACAGCAAGAAAGCAGCUAUCUGCACAGCCAUAAAGUGGCCAGGAAGAGAAGUCUCACUAGAAACCAAUCCUGCCAGCACCUUGAUCUUCGAUUCCAGCCUCUAAAACUGUGAGAAAAUAAGUGUCUGAUAUUUAAGUCACCUAAUCUGUGGCAUUUUGUUAUGACAUCCAGAGCAGAUUAAUACAGAUUUAUACAUAGAUAUAUAGACGAUAAAUGAUUGGUGAUGAUGAUAAUGAUGAUGAGGAGGAGGUUGAUGGUAGAUAAAUAAAUAAAUAAACUAGAUGCGGAUAUAUGACACAUCUCCCAACCCACGCAGAAUUUUUGGUCUUCAAGAUAUUUUUGCUCUCACAGGAUCAAACAGUCCUCCUACAUGGAACAGCUCCAUUUUGCUAUUUAAUUAUUCGACAUCCAUUAUUUGAAUGCCACAGAAGCAACACCACCAACCUUGGAAGACCAGUAGAGCCAAGGAUUCACAUGACUCAGAUGGCAAAGCUUAGUGUCACUCGGGAGCCCUCAUGACCUGAGCUGACAGUAGAUGUAGAGAUAGAUGCAAGGCAAUCAGUAGGCUCAAAGGAGGACACCCUCUUCCUUUGCUCAAAGACUCCUAAUCCACUCCUCAACUGACUGACAAACGUUGAGUGUCUACCACUGAAGAAAAAAACUUUAAAAGCAUGCCUUUGUGCUUAAGUUUCAGGAAACAUAGCAGAAUAAUUUUUAUUCAUAAGAUCUGCUGAGGCAGGAAAUGAAAAACUGAAAUUGUUAGCCUCUGUCCUCCAGUGUUUCACUCGAAUCUUAUUAGCUCUGAAAAUAAUAGACCUUAAGAGAAGAAGCUAGUAAGUUCACUGAUGACUGAUGUAUAUCAACUAAUACAAUUUAUGGACAACAUGGAUUUUACACUAGCCAUUAUUCAUAACUUUAAGUAAAUAACACAAUGAUGCUUUACAAACCUGGAAAAUAACUUAAGAUGAAAUUAUUAAGUGCAUUUCUAAUGUUUUGUUUUACUCCUUGGGGAUCAGAAGCUUAAACAACAGAAAGUACAACAUGUACUUUAGAAAAAUGCAAUCUGAUUUGAAGUUUUUAACUGUAAGCUUAUGAAUUCAACUAGUAAGCUAAUUUGCUGAGGAAAAAAAUUAUUUCCUUCUUAAAGAGGAAAUACAUAUUUUUAUUAGUAAACAGGAUUUAUACGUCUUGUCUCCAUGUUAGUAAGUAAAAAAUGCAAUGUGGAAUGUAUGCCUGGCUUUUCAAGGGUGCAAGGGAUCCAAGUGUAAUCUAUGUCUGUGCCUAAAGUUUGCUCCAAAUGCUUCCCCAUUUUGAGAUCCAGGAAGAAUAAAGCUGUAUUUGGGGGAGGGGCCCAUGUCACUAAAUGCCAGCUGUGGGAAAUCCAUCUGAAAGAGUGGUGAAAAGGGGCAAACGUUUCUUUAUUGACUUAAGAGAGAGGAAAUUCCCAAGGGAAAAUUACAAGAUCUAGGCAGCAUCCUGUGAACAGUGAGUGUCACUCUCCAGGAGUGUGCAACACUGGUGCAAGCAGCACCAAGGACAGUAGCCUCUAAGAAGGAGAAAAUCAGCAAAUAGCAGCAAGAGAUGAGGCCCAGAGGAACUGUACAGAACACAGGAUAGUUCCAAGUGUUUGGGGAUCUCCCUCCCAGAACUCCUUGUCCAGGUCCAAACUGAGGGCAAAUAGCAAGUAGUAUCUGUAAGCAGUCAGGAAGAGUCUAAGAAAUAUUUGGGAGAAGAUCCAAGAGGAAAUUAUGUUCCCAACUAGUCAAGAAAGUAAAUUUGAGCCAUUAAGAUUUGAGACAUUACUACAAUUUUUUACACUAUGGUUAUUUGUUUACAAAUUUAUUGAAUAAUAAUUUAUGCUCAAUAAAUUGCACAUAUUUAAAGUGUACAAUUCAUUGAGUUUUGACAGAUGUAUACAUCCAUGAAACCACCACCACCACAAUCAAGAUUCCCCAAAUCUCCAUCACCCCACAGACUUUCCUCAUCCUUUAAGCAAUACUGCUUUCCCUCCACCUCUAUCUUAUGCAAUCACUGAUAUGCUUUCUGUCACUAUAGAUUAGAGUCUAUUUUCUAAAAUUUUAUGUAAAUAGAAUCCUACAGUAUAUACUCUUUUGUGUCCGAAUUCUUUCACUAAGCAAAAAGAUUUUGAGAUUCAUUCACCCUGUUUCAUGUAUGGACAGUAUAUUCCUUUUAAUUGCUUAGUAAUAUGCCAUUGCACAGAUAUGCCACCUUUUGAUUAUCCACUUACCUGUUAAUGCACAUUUGGUUUGUUUCAUCUUUAUUAAAAGCAAAGAUACUAUAAAAAUUCAUGCACAAGUAUUUGUGUGAACAUAUGUUUAUUGUUCCUUUGUAAUACCUACAAGGGUAAUUGCAGCGUCAAAUAGUAGAUUUAUGUUCAAUACUGUAAUAGGCUGCAAUACUCUUUUCCAAAACAGCUGUACCAUGUUAUAUUUCCAUGAGCAGUGUAUGAUAGUUACAGUUGCUCCACAUCCUUGUCAACACUUGGCAUUUUCAGUCUUCAAUUUUAGUCAUUCUAAGGAGUGUGUAGUGUAGCACAGUGUUAUCUCAUUGUGACUUAAUUUCCCUGAUGAUCAAUGAUGUUGUUUAUCUUCUCAAGUCCUUGGCUCUCUAUAGAUCUUAUUUCAUGAAAUGUCUAUUUGCACCUCUCACCUCUUCUUUAUUGGGUUGUUUGCCUUUUUAUUAUUGAGUUGCAAGACUUUUUGAAUAUAUUCUGGUCUGAUUUAUAUGUUGAAAAUAUUUUCUCCCUGUCCAUAGCUUGCCCUUUAUUUUCUCAGUGGUGUCUUUUUAGAGCAAAAGUUUUUAGUCUUCAUCAAGUCCAAUUUGUCAACUUUUUCAUCUUAUGAGUAUGCUUUGCAUUUCCUACAUAAGAAAGUAUACCACAAGGUCAAAAUAUUCUAAUUUUUUUCCUAUUUUUUUAUAGUUUUCAUUUUUACACAUAGGUCCAUGUACCAUUUAAAGUGAAUUUGUGUAUGUGUGCGUGUAUAGUGUGAGAAAAAAAAUGUUCCUUUUUUCUUGUGAAUAUCGAGUUGUUACAGCAUUAUUUGCUGAAUAAACUUUCUUUUGAGUUGUUUGUCUUA